CUAUUAUUAUUCAUUCUCUCCACAGAUGUUUUGUAUGCCCAGGAGAAUGCCCUUUCUGGUCCCAACCGCCUCGAUUGUGUCAAGGCGAGUGAGCAGUGUAUGAAGGGGCAAGGAUGCAGUACCAAGUAUCGGACAAUGAGACAGUGCGUUGCUGGAGGGAAGGAGAGAAACUUUAGCAUGGUGGCUGGACUGGAGGCGCAGGACGAAUGUCGGAGUGCCAUGGACGCAGUCAAGCAGAGCCCCCUGUACAACUGCAGGUGUAAAAGGGGCAUGAAGAAAGAGAAGAACUGCCUUCGCAUCUAUUGGGGAAUUUACCAGACUUUGCAGGGUAUGCACUAUCAUUACAGUUGGCUACAACACAGCAACCACACAAUAAUUGUCAGAAGUCAAUAAAGAUGUUUUUAAUCCAAAACUCCCAUACCUGCUGUAAUGUAUUAACGGACCAUGUAAACUGCUAAAGCAAAAACAGAUUCAGGAAGAAAACACCACAUUAUUAGGUGCGUAAACUUCCCUGCCAGUGCAUACUGGGAAUGGUAAUGUCCUUAAGACAUCUCUUGGAAUGAAUCGAGUGUAAAGCUCCUUUGCACUCAUCAUCUUAUAGUUGAUCAUACACAAAAAUUGUACUGCUUAAUGCCAGUGGCCAGUGGGGCAGAAUGGGUUCUCAGUUGCGCAACUGACCGAUAUGCCUAAUCAACUGUAGGCUAAUGAGUUGUAGGGCAGCAUGGAAAUUGACUGACCCAGAUAUCCAUCCCAUGUGUCCUUGCAUGGCUGCGUGUCGGCUGUGUUUACACAGGCAGCCCAAUUCUGAUAUUUUUUUCACUAAUUUGUCUUUUUACCAAUCAGUUCAGAAAAAUAUCUGAUGUGAAAAUAUCUGAUGUGAUUGGUUAAAAUACCAAUUAGUGGAAAAAAUAUCAGAAUUCGGCUGCCUGUGUAAAGGCAGCUGUUAGACAGCCAGCCCAAUUAUGAUCUUUUUUUCACUAAUUGAUCUUUUGAUCAAUCAGAUCAGAUCUUUUCACAUCAGAUCUUUUUCAGAGCUGAUCUGAUUGGUCAAAAGAAGUCUAAACGCAGCCCAUGGUAGCUCACAAACAUUUAGUGAAAACAAUAACCCAAGUGCAUGCUCUUUAAAUGAAAUCUAUCUAUCUAGCUAUACUGAACAAAAAUAUGAACGCAACAUGCAACAACUUCAAAGAUUUUACUGCGUUACAGUUCGUAUAAGGAAAUCAGUCAAUUUAAAUACAUUCAUUAGGCCCUAAUCUAUAGAUUUCACAUGACUGGGAAUGCAGAUAUGCAUCUGUUGGUCACAAUAUCUAUUUUUUUAUGUAAGGGUGUGGAUCAGAAAACCAGUCAGUAUCUGGUGUGACCACCAUUUGCCUCAUGCAGCACGACACAUCUCCUUCGCAUUGAGUUGAUCAGGCUGUUGAUUGUGGCCUAUGGAAUGUUGUCCCACUCCUCUUCAAUGGCUGUGUGAAGUUGCUGGAUAUUGGCGGGAACUGGAACACGCUGUCGUACAUGUCGAUCCAGAGCAUCCUAAACAUGCUCAAUGGGUGACAUGUCUGGUGAGUGUGCAGGCCAUGGAAGACCUGGGACAUUUUCAGCUUUGUUUCAGAACAUUCAAUUAUCUGGCAACAGCUCUGGUGGACAUUCCUGCAGUCAGCAUACCAAUUGGACGGCCCCUCAAAACUUGAGACAUCUUGUGUUGUGUGACAAAACUGUACAUUUUAGAAUUGCCUUUUAUUGUCCCCAGCACAAGGUACACCUGUGUAAUGAUCAUGCUUUUUAAUCAGCUUCUUGAUAUGCCACACCUGUCAGGUGGAUGAAUUAUUUUGGCAAAGGCGAAAUGCUCACUAACAGGGAUGUAAACAAAUUUGUGCACAAAAUUUGAGAGAAAUACGCUUUUUGUGCGUAUGAAAAUAUUCUGGGAUCUUUUAUUUCUGCUCAUGAAACAUGGGACCAACACUUUACAAGUUGCGUUUAUAUUUUUGUUCAGUGUAUCUGGUUGUCUGCAACAUUUACAUGCCUAUUAAAACUGCAAGAGUAUGUUAAAAAUCACAUUGUAUUUCAUUAUUCCUUUCAGGGAACGAUUUCCUGGAGGACUCUCCUUACGAGACCAUGAAUAGCCGCCUCUCUGACAUAUUCCGACUGGCCCCCAUUAUUUCAGGUAAGGUCAUGAAUUUAUUAAGAGUUUAUGAUGGUGCCACUUAUUGCGAAGUUCAUGGAUGGACGCCUGGCUUCUUUGUGAAUGUAUACAGAUUAAAUGCUGGCUGUGCAUGAUCUUAGUACAAUUGUGUUUAAAACAUUUUACAAUCCUCACACUUUCCCUAUUUCGCCCCAAUGAAAUGCAUGCCCAUUGUAAGUGAUCUUGCAUGGAGAUCUAUAGUUCUGAGUGUUCACUGAGAGCUCAACACAGUGUGGUGGUGUGGAGUUGGAAAAAUUGAAAAAUGCGUCGGGUUGCAGCAUAGUUUAUUGGGCUGUGUUUAAGUCAUACAUCCUCUGUUUAAAUCGUACAUCGUGGUCAACAAUUCGAUCUGCACAUUGGUAGUUUAUGAGCCACCUCUAGAUGGCAAUAUUCUCCCUUAUUUACGAUCGCACAGGCGCAAUCCAUUGAUGCUAUAGUGGCCUUUCUGACUUUACCUUGGUCUUUGUUGAGAGGAACUCCCAUCCAGUGCGCGUGAGGUGGCAUAUUGUGUGGCUGGAAUAAGAGAGUUUGAGAUUUGUUUAAUAAGCACAUGGAAAUGUUACACAGAGAUUUGGCUCUAUUUAGAUUUGCAAUGGGAUUGUGAAUAUAAAGGGAAGGUGCUUCUUAUUUCCUUUUGAAAAGCUCUUUAUGUUGAUUGACGUUUGCAAAUUAUUUCUUAGCGAUGGGUCCCACAGAUCAUCCAUUCCUCCUCAUUACGGGAUAUUUAUGGGCCAGGCAGGGUAAGGGAGAAUAAUAAGGGUGAGAGGGGAGACAGGACGGGUGUCAGGGAGGUUUAGGUCAACACAGUGCCUCUCACAACCCAUACUCCCAGGCAGCCCUAUAACAUGUAUGUCUCAGUAAGGCUUAAAGGACUCAUAGUAAGGAAUAAAGGGAGGCAUUGUGAGAUGUAAUGAAUCUGUAAUAGGCCCCUGCUUGGGACCUGAGCCUCAUAAUCUCCAGUGACAUUGGGCAUUCUCCUCAGAACCCUCCUGAUUAUAGUGAGGUUUAUUCCUGAUCUUUCCUACACACCCCCAGGCCCCACAGUCCUCAUUCCCACCUCUACUCUGGGUACUGUAGGCCUCUGAUGGACUAAACCAGACAUAAAGCUGGAACAAUAUCAGUGAAGCUUAUAGGGUACACAGCUGCCUUAAAGCACACUGGAUGUCCUUUAUUCUUAUUAAGAGAAAAUAAAAGAAUAGUAUUAGAACAGCAGCUGAAAUGUUUAAGAGGAUGUGGAGAGCUCCGAGCGUGAUUGCAUGAACAUUCACACACACACUUUUUCAAACAUGCAAUACCAGUCAAAAGUUUGGACACACCUACUCAUUCAAGGGUUUUUCUUUAUUUUUACUAUUUUCUACAUUGUAGAAUAAUAGUGAAGAAAUCAAAACUAUGAAAUAACACAUGUGGAAUCAUGUAGUAACCAAAAAAGUGUUAAACAAAUCAAAAUAUAUUUUAUAUUGGAGAUUCUUCAAAGUAGCCACCCUUUGCUUUGAUGACAGCUUUGCACAGCACGGACAUGUGCGUACACACACAUACACAUACACACACACACACACACACACACACACACACACACACACACACACACACACACACACACACACACACACACACACACACACACACACACACACACACACACACACACACACACACACACACACACACACAGUUCUUAGUUAAUUGAAUUAUUUUGAAAUAUUUUCUCCAGGCAGAUAUAAUGCUUUUAGCCUUAUGUUGAGUCAGGGUGAGUCACUUUGAAGUAUGAGUAAGUCAGUCUCUUAAUGUGGUGGAAGCUGCCACAUGAGAAACGUCAGUAGAGUGUACAUCUCAGGAACAGAACAUGUCAUCUCAUUUUGAUUUGAUCUAGAUUUGCCAUUUAAGUCACAUGGACAUUACUAUGAGUGCAAAACAAACGUACAAAAUCUUGAAACACAAAUUAAUGAAAUCUGCAGAUAGCAAAUGUAUCACAUCAGUGACCACAACAUGCUUCUUUGCUGGAGCUGAGUUAUGUAUUUUUCUACUUCUUCUUUUAAUACAAGCGGUGCAGCUUGUUUCUUUCCCCUCCAUUUCCUCAUAGAAACCCUAAGUCUCUCUCAGUGAGAACUACCUGUAUUGAUGUCUGUUUCCACUCGAUUAAUGGCUCAUUGAAUGCUUCUGGGCUUCCGCUGUCUGCAGAGCUCAUUGCUUCUUAUUAUCAUGAAGAGCCAAUGCUGUUGUCUGUGCGCCAGGCUAGGGUAUUUGUGAAACAUACUCAGUUUGGAGUGGUUCCUGUGUCAAGGUUCACAAAAGCCACAACUGCUGUCAUAAGACAGACAUGGUGAGUCAUCUCAUUCAAGGGAUGUGCCCUUCUUUAAAUAUGUUUGAAAGUAAAUGGUUUACUCACACAGAGUCACACAUGUUUCAAUUACAUGCUGAGUUCACCCCAGUGCACCUGCUCAUGGAUGAAGUACCAGAUAAUUUAAAUUCAUUUUGUACAUUCCUUUGUGUGUUUGCAUGUGUGUGCGCGUGAGCAAGAACACGAUGGAGAAAUAGAGGAAGAGAAUUCAAUGAAAUGGUUCCUUUUCCGCCCACCAGUUUGCCAUCUUGUGAUGCACUGAUGCAUAGAGAAGGCAGUGAGAGCCCAUUUCUCUUACAUUCAAGUGGACUUGCAUUACUCCCAGACCAUUUGCCCCUGCUGAAGAGGCAAGCAGUGGAGGAAAUGGAUGAAUACACAGCACAGUUUCAUAUUACCAUAGUCAUGAACACUCACUGGUCUGGAGCCUCUCAUACUGACCAAUGUAAAUACUUCCUUCGAUUUUGAGAACUAGAAUAACAAAGGUUUGUUUGCUGUAUGUGUGGAAUAACAUUGGAGGUUGACUCCUCAAAGUGUAAACCAAAAAGAGUUGUUGAUGUACUGCAGUUUAAAACUGAGGAAAUUACAAAAUGGUCUGGCUUAUCGCCACAGAGAUAUAGCUAUGGUACAAUCACUCUGUAGAUAAACCCCUUUUAAAUGUCAGCCAAUUGUCAUUUACUGUUCAGAGCGUCAAUAAGAACAAUGAAACCGGAGGGAAAAUGUGACACAAAAUGUAUUACCGAGUCUUCUGUGCAGCAGGGGCUGGCUGGACUGAAAUUGCUUAAAUGAUGAGGUAGCGGUGAAGAACAUCAAAAAAUCUGGGAAGUACUACUAUGAAUAAAGAUGAGUUUCUAUAUCACUCCAUUAUUUUCUGAGACCUGUAUACGACCUUUCCCCAUUACAUUUUUGUGGUUUAAGCUGAUGACAGAUCAUGAUGAUGAUUAUGAGGUCAGCACAUAAACACACAAUAGUGGCAUUUAAAUCAUUUAAAGGAUUCUCUCUGAAGUCCUUGAGCUGUGAAUGUGUGAAAACACCUGUAGUCCCAACCUUGCAGACGGACCACACAGCACCUUAAAUCCCCAUACUGACACGAUGCUGAGAGCCUGUCAACACAGCUCACUGCUGUUGGAAUGCCACUUUUAUAAUGAACUCAGAGCCCAGCAGUGUAUGAGAACAGACUGCUACUUGGGUUCUUAUAGAGUGAGAGGAGGGAGAGGAAUGGGAAAGAGAACGGUAUAUGUGUUGUUUGGACUCAGUAGUACCUCUGCACUUUAUGAUGUGUUGGUAGAAGUAUUAUGACAGCUCCAACCCUGGAUUCCUCGAACCAACCAAAACCCCUCUCAAUGUUAUUGCUUUGGUGUUUGACUCUCUGUACUUUCCCCAACUGAAAAUGUUUGUGUGAGAGAAAGAGAAUAUAAAAAGGAGAUGUCUUUGAUGGUAGCAUUUCCAUAUCAAUAUUCCCUGUGCCACCUGAAAAACAAAUGUCAUUAAAAUGGCUACUUUGAUAAAGCAGCUCCAUUUCCCCUGUCUGGCUGUUUGUGUCAGGAUGUGUCAAUCACAGGCCAAGCCUGGGCCUUUGAUGUCUGGGUACAGUGGUGCUCUAUCUGUCAGAGUUGUGGCCUCAGCCUCCUCAGUGAGCACUGACUGAGAUAGGAGUUCUAUGUUAACGUUCCCUUGCUCCCUCCUUCCUACUUUACAAGGGUUCUUUGUUCUGCUAAAGACUCCCAAAUCCUCCUAGAAUUUGAUGUCGUAGGGAGACUUCACAUCUGAAAGCUAAUCAAUAGCCAGACAUGUUAAAAUAGAAACCUGAGGCUGUGCAUACAAAAAACUAUUGAUUUGUCUUUUCGCCCGAGCUCUUCUGUUGGACUGGAUCAAAGGAUAAUCCCUCUGUUGCUGGAGCUCAGGUAUACGGUUCCACAAUGCACAUCGGUCUGGAGGAGUCGGGAAUCUCCACGGAUUUGUCUUGAAUCCUCCACUCUCAUCUGCUGUCUUAGAAGAUUUAGGGCAGGGGUUCCCAAACAUUUUUGCUGUGCGACCCCAAUUUGAUAUACACAAAAAAUUGCGACCCCACCAUGUGAAGAAAGUGAUGUAAUCAACAGCCAAUGUUUACUUUUUUAAUUAGGGCUAUGACAGUUUAUUACAAAUCAGUCUGACAGCAUAUAUAUUUCAAUCUUAAAGAAGUAUGGGUUGAAGUGACUGAAAUGUAUCAGAAAGGUAUUGGGAAGUUCAGAAGAUCCUCAGGCAAUAACUUUGUAUGACCUUCUGUGUAGAAAAGAACAUCAUCAUUGAUAAUGUUCUUUCCCCCCCACUCUGAUUUAGUGCCUGGUCUUGUCCACUCUGUUCUAAUGAGCCCUUGUGGGCAUUGUAGAGGGAAACAGAAGAGGUGGAUGUGUUCCUCGGCAGGUAGCUUAGUGGUUAAGAGUGUUGUGCCAGUAACCGAAAGGUCGUUGUGCCAGUAACCGAAAGGUUGCUGGUUCUAAUCCCCGAGCUGACUAGGUGAAAAAUCUGUCGAUGUGCCCUUGAGCAAGGCACUUAACCCUAAUUGCUCUGGAUAAGAGCGUCUGCUAAAAUGUAAUGUAAAUGUUAUCUUUCAGUGAUGGGGUCAUAAUAUUUUGUUAUUAAACCAUUAGAAAGAUAUAGCCACAUUUGUAGGAAGACAACAGAUACCGCUCUGUUUAUUGUAACCGCAUCUAACGACUACCGGAAGUUAUUUACUUAAUGAUUCGGUUCUAUGAACCAAGCACAAGUUUCUCUUGCGACCCCAUUUCCAAAUCAGGCGACCCCUAGUUUGGGGAACGCUGCUGUAGGGAUUGAUUAUAAUAUUAGAUCUCUAUGAAGGUUUUUUAAACUCCUUCAAAUACCACAGCUACGCAUAACUUCCUGUAUGUCUGUUUUUGUCUGUCCAUCUGACUUUCAUCCAAAAGUCUACAGCUGUCCCUUCAAGUCACACAGAGGAUUUAGCCACAGGUCGAGGGGCUUUAGCUGCUUAAUACACACACACCGUUCCAGACAUUACUCUCACAGCUGCAGCCUAAUGACAGAAUAAUGCUAACAGAAGCAUCAGGUUGCAGCCUUGUCCCUGCCGCUAGCUCUAUGCGGCCAAAAAAUAAUUUAGUUAAAGGUGACCAGAAUGGAGUCCUCCUGGGAGGUUUCUGAUUGGAUAUAAAGUGGGAGAGUGAUUCAUCAUAGUUAAUCAAUGCUCCUGACAGCUCGAAUCAGCAGGGGCGCCACAUGUGCCAGCUACCUCUAAUGCUUUUCUGCCAGAUGGCAAAUUAUCCAUACGGCAAACAGUGAGGUGUCAGUCUAAAGUCAGAUAGAUGUCGUGAGUAACCAUGUUUAAUCAAAUCUUCACUGUCUUCAUACAAAAAAAGAAUCAUACAGUUUUAGGCCUACAGUUUUAGUUGUUUGGUACAAGAACAUUUUUUUUCAUUGGUUGGGAUUCAAUUGAUUAUUAUGCAAAGGCAUACAUACUGUAUCAUAGGAUACUUUUCUUGGAUGGGCAAGUCCUUUAAGUGACCACUGGCAGGUGUCAGACUCAGAGAUGUUAGCCUUGGGUAAAACUACAGUCCUAAGCCCUCAAAUGAAGUGACAGAACAUACACUAAAUGACCAGAAGUAUGUGGACACCUGCUCGUCAAAUAUAUCAUUCCAAAAUCAUGGGCAUUAAUAUGGAGUUGGUCCCCCCUUUGCUGCUAUAACAGCCUCCACUCUUCUGGGAAGGCUUUCCACUAGAUGUUGGAACAUUGCUGUGGGGACUUGCUUCCAUUCAGCCACAAGAGCAUUAGUGAGGUCGGGCACUGAUGUUGGGCGAUUAGACCUGGUUCGCAGUUGCGUUCCAAUUCAUCCCAAAGGUGUUCGAUGGGGUUGAGGUCAUGGCUCUGUGCAGGCCAUUCAAGUUCUUCCACAUCGAUCUCGACAAACCAUUUCUGUAUGGACCAUGCUUUGUGCAUGGGGGCAUUGUCAUGCUGAAACAGGAAAGGGCCUUCCCCAAACUGUUGCCAAAAGGUUAGAAGCACAGAAUCGUCUAGAAUGUCAUUAUACUGUAUGCUGUAGUGUUAAGAUUUCCCUUCGCUGGAACUAAGGGGCCUUAACCAUGAAAAACAGCCCCAGACCAUUAUUCCUCCUCCACCAAACUUUACAGUUGGCACUAUGCAUUCGGCAGGUAGCGUUCUCCUGUCAUCCAUCAAACCCAGAUCCGUCUGUCGGACUGCCAGAUGGUGAAGCGUGAUUCAUCACUCCAGAGAACGCGUUUCCACUGCUCCAGUCCAAUGGCGGCAAGUUUUGCACCACUCCAGCCAAUGCUUGGUAUUGUGCAUGGUGCACAUGGUGGUUUGUGUGCGGCUGCUUGGACAUGGAAACCAUUUCAUGAAGCUCCCGACGAACAGUUAUUGUGAUGACAUUGCUUCCAGAGGCAGUUUGGUACUCGGUAGUGAGUGUUGCAACCGAGGACAGACGAUCUUUACACACUACACCCUUCAACACUCUGCGGUCUCAUUCUGUGAGCUUGUGUGGCUUACCACUUGGCGGCUGAGCCGUUGUUGCUUCUAGACGUUUCCACUUCACAAUAACAGCACUUAUAGUUGACCGGGGCAGCUCUAGCAGGGCAGAAAUUUUAUGAACUGACUUGUUGGAAAGGUGGCAUCCUAUGACGGUACCACGUUGAAAGUCACUGAGCUCUUCAGUAAGGCCAUUCCACUGCCAAUGUUUGUCUAUGGAGAUUGCAUGGCUGUGUGCUCGAUUUAUACACCUGUUAGCAACGGGUGUGGCUGAAAUAGCCGAAUCCAAUAAUUUGAAGGGGUGUCCACAUACCUUUGUAUAUAUUGUGUACAUGUAGAUGUUGAUCCCUUUUUAAGGCUGCAGCUGUUUGUUUUUUUCAGCUGAGAGGGAGGUAGUGGUUUGUCUCUGUGUGUCUGUGACUCUUCUAAUCAUGACUGGUAAUGUUUUGUUUUAGUGGUAGAUCAGCUUUAAUUUUGUAGAUUGAUUGUGGGUUCUAUCAAUUUCAUUGUUUGCAUCAUUUCUAGUCCCCCUUAUUUUUUAUUUAUAAAAAUAAAUAAUCAACCCUACCACCCCUCUCCUGAUUGGAGUAAACUAACAGACAACCAUACUUCUACUGCUAUUUACAACUACUUUCGCUCACAUGUACAGUACAUGUAGUUAAAUAAUUAUACAUAUAGUCUUAUUUUCCUUUUUCUGCAAGUGCUGGAUUUUCAUUCACCAUUCAUCUUAACUCCACAGAUUAACCCAACUUUCCCAGUAUAAUGCCAUUUUGCAAAAAUCUUUUGCAAUACAUCCCUCCAUUUUACUGUGAUGUCUUACGAGGGUCUUGAACCUCCCUAUUUGUAACAUUUCUACUGAUAUUGCCCUCAAAAUAAAUACUUUACCCAUGAGUAUAAUGACAUUUCCCAUUGACUGAUUGUGUUUUUUCCGAUCACCUAACAAUACAGUUAUGGCUGGUAAUAUUAGUAGUCUUCUGAUUGUACAGGACGUUUGUGCUGCAGCACUUGUCUUGAGAGAACCCCCCAACUUUUAAUAACAGUUUCAGUCAAGAAACUUCCUGGAAAACAAAAGUCCAUGAAAAUAUACAUCUCUCCGGUAUCCAGCUGUUUUUGGCUUUGUGCCAUUCUUGAUCUCAAGGAUGUUAAAUGACAGUAUUGAUACAUACAGUGAGCGAAAAAAGUAUUUGAUCCUCUGCUGAUUUUGUACGUUUGCCCUCUGACAAAGACAUGAUCAGUCUAUCAUUUUAAUGGUAGGUUUAUUUGAACAGUGAGAGACAGAAUAACAACAAAAAAAUCCAGAAAAACGAAUGUCAAAAAUGUUAUAAAUUGAUUUCCAUUUUAAUGUGGGAAAUAAGUAUUUGACCCCUCUGAAAAACAUGACUUAGUACUUGGUGGCAAAACCCUUGUUGGCAAUCACAGAGGUCAGACAUUUUUUGUAGUUGGCCACCAGGUUUGCACACAUCUCAGGAGGGAUUUUGUCCCACUCCUCUUUGCAGAUCUUCUCCAAGUCAUUAAGGUUUCGAGGCUGACGUUUGGAAACUCGAACAUUCAGCUCCCUCCACAGAUUUUCUAUGGGAUUAAGGCCUGGAGACUGGCUAGGCCACUCCAGGACCUUAAUGUGCUUCUUCUUGAGCCACUCCUUUGUUGCCUUGGCCGUGUGUUUUGGGUCAUUGUCAUGCUGGAAUACCCAUCCACGACCCAUUUUCAAUGCCCUGGCUGAGGGAAGGAGGUUCUCACCCAAGAUUUGACGGUACAUGGCCCCGUCCAUCGUCCCUUUGAUGCGGUGAAGUUGUCCUGUCCCCUUAGCAGAAAAACACCCCCAAAGCAUAAUGUUUCCACCUCCAUGUUUGACGGUGGGGAUGGUGUUCUUGGGGUCAUAGGCAGCAUUCCUCCUCCUCCAAACACGGCGAGUUGAGUUGAUGCCAAAGAGCUCGAUUUUGGUCUCAUCUGACCACAACACGUUCACCCAGUUCUCCUCUGAAUUAUUCAGAUGUUCAUUGGCAAACUUCAGAUGGGCCUGUAUAUGUGCUUUCUUGAGCAGGGGGACCUUGCGGGCGCUGCAGGAUUUGGUGUUCUCGGGGUGAUGAGAGGUGUUGGGUUUGCGCCAGAUAUAGCAUUUUUCUUGAUGGCCAAAAAGCUCAAUUUUAGUCUCAUCUGACCAGAGUACCUUCUUCCAUAUGUUUGGGGAGUCUCCCACAUGCCUUUUGGCGAACACCAAAUGUGUUUGCUUAUUUUUUUCUUUAAAAAUAGGCUUUUUCUUGCCACUCUUCCGUAAAGCCCAGCUCUGUGGAGUGUAUGGCUUAAAGUGGUCCUAUGAACAGAUACUCCAAUCUCCGCUGUGGAGCUUUGUAGCUCCUUCAGGGUUAUCUUUGGUCUCUUUGUUGCCUCUCUGAUUAAUGUCCUCCUUGCCUGGUCUGUGACUUUUGGUGGGUGGCCCUCUCUUGGCAGGUUUGUUGUGGUGCCAUAUUCUUUCCAAUUUUUUUAUAAUGGAUUUUAUGGUGCUCCGUAGGAUGUUCAAUGUUUCUGAUAUUUUUUUAUAACCCAACCCCGAUCUGUACUUCUCCACAACUUUGUCCCUGACCUGUUUGGAGAGCUCCUUGGUCUUCAUGGUGCCGCUUGCUUGGUGGUGCCCCUUGCUUAGUGGUGUGGCAGACUCUGGGGCCUUUGAGAACAGGUGUAUAUAUACUGAGAUCAUGUGACAGAUCAUGUGACACUUAGAUUGCACCCAAGUGGACUUUAUUUAACUAAUUAUGUGACUUCUGAAAGUAAUUGGUUGCACCAGAUCAUAUUUAGGGGCUUAAUAGCAAAGGGGGUGAAUACAUAUGCACGCACCACUUUUCCGUUAUUUAUUUUGUAGAAUUUUUUGAAACAAGUUAUUUUUUUCAUUUCACUUCACCAAUUUGGACUAUUUUGUGUAUGUCCAUUACAUGAAAUCCAAAUAUAAAUUUAUUUAAAUUACAGGUUGUAAUGCAACAAAAUAGGAAAAACGCCAAGGGGGAUGAAUACUUUUGUAAGGCACUGUAUACUUAACAAAUUACCAGACAAUCGUGAGCUGGCAUUUGUAGGUUAAAUACUGUGGAUGUUAUCCAUACAUAUCUUACUUUUGUUGAAAGUAUAAAUUAUAUUAUAAACUGUGUGGUUCGAGCCCUGAAAGCUGAUUGGCUGACAGCCAUGGUAUAUCAGACCGUAUACUAUGGGUAUGACAAAACAUUUAUUUUUACUGCCCUAAUUACAUUGGUAACCAGUUUAUAAUAGCAAUAAGGCACCUCGGGGGUUUGUGGUACAGUGGGGAAAAAAAGUAUUUAGUCAGCCACCAAUUGUGCAAGUUCUCCCACUUAAAAAGAUGAGAGAGGCCUGUAAUUUUCAUCAUAGGUACACGUCAACUAUGACAGACAAAUUGAGAAUUUUUUUCCCAGAAAAUCACAUUGUAGGAUUUGUAAUGAAUUUAUUUGCAAAUUAUGGUGGAAAAUAAGUAUUUGGUCACCUACAAACAAGCAAGAUUUCUGGCUCUCACAGAUCUGUAACUUCUUCUUUAAGAGGCUCCUCUGUCCUCCACUCGUUACCUGUAUUAAUGGCACCUGUUUGAACUUGUUAUCAGUAUAAAAGAUACCUGUCCACAACCUCAAACAGUCACACUCCAAACUCCACUAUGGCCAAGACCAAAGAGCUGUCAAAGGACACCAGAAACAAAAUUGUAGACCUGCACCAGGCUGGGAAGACUGAAUCUGCAAUAGGUAAGCAGCUUGGUUUGAAGAAAUCAACUGUGGGAGCAAUUAUUAGGAAAUGGAAGACAUACAAGACCACUGAUAAUCUCCCUCGAUCUGGGGCUCCACGCAAGGUCUCACCCCGUGGGGUCAAAAUGAUCACAAGAACGGUGAGCAAAAAUCCCAGAACCACACGGGGGGACCUAGUGAAUGACCUGCAGAGAGCUGGGACCAAAGUAACAAAGCCUACCAUCAGUAACACACUACGCCGCCAGGGACUCAAAUCCUGCAGUGCCAGACGUGUCCCCCUGCUUAAGCCAGUACAUGUCCAGGCCCGUCUGAAGUUUGCUAGAGUGCAUUUGGAUGAUCCAGAAGAGGAUUGGGAGAAUGUCAUAUGGUCAGAUGAAACCAAAAUAUAACUUUUUGGUAAAAACUCAACUCGUCGUGUUUGGAGGACAAAGAAUGCUGAGUUGCAUCCAAAGAACACCAUACCUACUGUGAAACAUGGGGGUGGAAACAUCAUGCUUUGGGGCUGUUUUUCUGCAAAGGGACCAGGACGACUGAUCCGUGUAAAGGAAAGAAUGAAUGGGGCCAUGUAUCGUGAGAUUUUGAGUGAAAACCUCCUUCCAUCAGCAAGGGCAUUGAAGAUGAAACGUGGCUGGGUCUUUCAGCAUGACAAUGAUCCCAAACACACCGCCCGGGCAACGAAGGAGUGGCUUUGUAAGAAGCAUUUCAAGGUCCUGGAGUGGCCUAGCCAGUCUCCAGAUCUCAACCCCAUAGAAAAUCUUUGGAGGGAGUUGAAAGUCUGUGUUGCCCAGCGACAGCCCCAAAACAUCACUGCUCUAGAGGAGAUCUGCAUGGAAUGGGCCAAAAUACCAGCAACAGUGUGUGAAAACUUGUGAAGACUUACAGAAAACAUUUGACCUGUGUCAUUGCCAACAAAGUGUAUAUAACAAAGUAUUGAGAAACUUUUGUUAUUGACCAAAUACUUAUUUUCCACCAUAAUUUGCAAAUAAAUUCAUUAAAAAUCCUACAAUGUGAUUUUCUGUAUUUUUUUCCUCAUUUUGUCUGUCAUAGUUGACGUGUACCUAUGAUGAAAAUUACAGGCCUCUCUCAUCUUUUUAAGUGGGAGAACUUGCACAAUUGGUGGCUGACUAAAUACUUUUUUCCCCCACUGUAUAUGGCCAAUAUACCAUGGCUAUGGGCUGUAUCCAGGCAGUCCGCGUUGCGUCGUGCAUAAGAACAGCCCUUAGCCAUGGUAUAUUGGCCAUAUACCACACCCCCUCAUAACUUAUUGCUUAAGUAAACAUCCCCCAACCUCCUGAGUCCUAUACUACGAAUCAGGUUUGAGGAGUUAGCGAGGUAACUUUGGUCAACUCAGAGUUCAACUUGGGAUAACCGGUCACACAAUGUGGCUCACCAGGUACAUUUCUAUGGCAACGAAUCCCUCAGUACUAACCUGGUCUGGGUCAGGCUAACUCAGGGCUAACUCCACUUAUCAUGAAUGAAGUGUCUGAGCCAUGAGUUGAGGACAAAUUAAAUCAUAUUCCCUCCCUCUCGCAAAGAUUGCGUCAUCAUCCCUUUCCUCGCUGAUUAAAUAUUUUAUUACAUGUUUUUUUGUGUUAAAAAUAGUCACAUUAAACUUGACUUAUUGCACAUUUUGUUGUGUUACAGCCUGAAUUCAAAAUUGAUUAAAUAUAUAUUUUUCUCACCCAUCUAGACCUAAUACCCCAAAAUGACAAAGUGAAAACAUGUUUUUUAGAAAUGUUUGCUAAUUUAUUGAAAAUGAAAUACAGAAAUAUAAGUAUUCACAGUCAAUACAUGACCUUUGGCCGCAAUUACAGCUGUGAGUCUUUACUGGGUAAGUCUCUAAGAGCUUUGCACACCUGGAUUGUACAAUAUUUGCACAUUAUUCUUCAAAUAAUUCUUCAAGCUCUGUCAAGUUGGUUGUUGAUCAUUUCUAGACAGCCAUUUUCAAGUCUUGCCAUAGAUUUUCAAGCCGAUUUAAGUCAAAACUGUAACUCGGCCACACAGGAACAUUCAAUGUCGUCUUGUUAAGCAACUCCAGUGUAUAUUUGUCCUUGUGUUUUAGGUUAUUGUCCUGCUGAAAGGUGAAUAGGUCUCCCAGUGUCUGUUGAAAAGCAAACUGAACCAGGUUUUCCUCUAGGAUUUUGCCUUUGCUUAGCUCUACGUUUCUUUUUAUCCCCAAAAAACGUCCUUGCUGAUGACAAGCAUACCCAUAACAUGAUGCAGCCACCACUAUGCUUGAAAGUAUGGAGAGUGGUACUCCGUAAUCUGUUGUGUUGGAUUUGCCCCAAACAUAACGCUUUGUAUUCAGGACAUAAAGUUAAUUUAUUUGUCCCAUUCUUUGCAGUAUUACUUUAGUACCUUAUUGAAAACAGGAAGAAUGUUUUGUAAUAUUUUUAUUCUGUACAGGACUCCUUCUUUUCACUCUGUCAUUUAGGUUAGUAUUGUGGAGUAACUACAAUGUUGUUGAUCUAUCCUCAGUUUUCUCCUAUCACAGCCAUUAUACUCUGUAACUGUUUCAAAGUCACCAUUGGCCUCAUGGUGAAAUCCCUGAGCGGAUUCCUUCCUCUCCAGCAACUGAGUUAGGAAGGACGCCUGUAUCUUUGUAGUGACUGGGUGUACUGAUACACCAUCCAAAGUGUAAUUAAUGACUUCACCGCGCUCAAAGGGAUAUUCAAUGUCUGCUUUUUUUUAUUUUUUACCCAUCUACCAAUAGGUGCCCUUCUUUGCGAGGCAUUGCAAAACCUCCCUGGUCUUUGUGGUUGAAUAUGUGUUUGAAAUUCACUGCUUGACUGAGGGACCUUACAGAUAAUUGUAUGUGUGGGGUACAGAGAUGUGGUUGUCAUACAAAAAUAAUGUUAAACACUAUUAUUGCACACAGAGUGAGUCCGCGCAUCUUAUCAUGUAACUUGUUAAGCAAAUUUACACUAAUCGUUCAAAAGUUUGGGGUCACUUAGAAAUGUCCUUGUUUUCGAAAAAAAUAAAGCAAUUUAUUUCUCCAUUAAAAUAACAUGAAAUUGAUCAGAAAUACAGUGUAGACAUUGUUAAUGUUGUAAAUGGCUAUUGUAGCUGGAAAUGGCUGAUUUUUAGUGGAAUAUCUACAUAGGUGUAACAAAGUCCCAUUAUCAGCAACCAUCAGUAUUGUGUUCCAAUGGCACGUUGUGUUUGCUAAUCCAAGUUUAUCAUUUUAAAAGGCUAAUUGAUCAUUAGAAAACCCUUUUGCAAUUAUGUUAGCACAGCUGAAAACUGUUGUGCUGAUUAAAGAAGCAAUAAAACUGGCUAUAACCAGAAUAGAAAGAGGAGUGGGAGGCCCCGGUGCACAACUGGGAUGCUGACCUUCUAGGCAGAGUUGCAAAGAAAAAGCCAUAUCUCAGACUGGCCAAUAAAAAGAAAAGAUUAAGAUGGACAUUCUGAGAUAUGGCUUUUUCUUUGCAACUCUGCCUAGAAGGUCAGCAUCCCGGAGUCGCCACUUCACUGUUGACGUUGAGACUGGUGUUUUGCGGGUACUAUUUAAUGAAGCUGCCAGUUGAGGACCUGUGAGGCUCCUGUUUCUCAAACGAGACACUCUAAUGUAUUUGUCCUCUUGCUCAGUUGUGCACCGGGGCCUCCCACUCCUCUUUCUAUUCUGGUUAUAGCCAGUUUGCGCUGUUCUGUGAAGGGAGUAGUAUACAGCGUUGUACGAGAUUUUUACAUUAUGGGGUAUUGUGUGUAGGCCAGAGACACAAAAUCUUAAUUUAAUACGUUUUAAAUUCAGGCUGUAACACAACAAAAUGUGGAAAAAGUCAAGGGGUGUGAAUACUUUCUGAAGGCACUGUAUCACAUUACACAUUUAGUGACAGGAUGUUGAAACUUCACCCACAGUAAAACCUUUGUAUGACUUAUUUUAUCGAUAGGAGUGUGAAAAAAGGUGCUUGUGCAUUGAUAAGCACACCAAAGACGGCAUUAACGAUACAUAAUAAAGAAAAACGUCACUUCCUAUUUCACACCAUAGCCUGCUGAGUUCACAAGAUAACUUUUCUUUCAUGUUGAUUUCUAAAAGAAAAUGCAAAUGUGGCACUGACUCGCCAUGGAUUGAUGUCUCAGCAUUGUCUCAAUGAAGAGUUCGGCAUUCAACUAGUCACGCGCAGUUACACGCCUGCAAGAGUUUGCGGCAGGCGGACGAGCAAUAUCCACAGUCAUAAUACGGAUGAAGCCUGAGCUGGAAUGUGAAAAUUAUUGAAGCUGAGUAGAUCUAGCUAGCGUUGUAGUGUUACCACUCUGGUCUUUUAUUUGCCACCAACUACCGUAAAUGAACAACUUAUGAGUGGGAUAUGAGUGGGAGUAUUGUGAGUGAAUAGUGUUGUGAGAGUUCAAAGUAUAAAUAGAAAAUGCAAAGAUGCUACAUAUACCUGUGUAGUCGCCAUAGAGCUAUAUCUCAUGUUGUGUAAUAUAAUUAAUAGGGCAGUACCCUGGGCAUGGCAUCUUUCCUUGUGUUUGGUGCUACCAUCUUAACCAGAAACUGUCUGUUGUCAACCAGCUGUCUUUAAGAACUAUACUCCCUGAGCAAAACACUGCCCAUUGCAAGACCUCCCCUCUUCUCCUUUGUACUGUCCCAAACCUUCCACUAACCUCAGCAAGCUGUAGUCCUCUCUAACACCUUUCCCUUUGCCCGCCCAGUGACUCUCCUCCCUAUGACCUGUCCCUUUUACCCUCUGAGUGUGGCCUGUCCCCUCUCCCCUGGUCCACUGCACUGUGAGCUCUGUUCACCCUGUGGUCCUGAAUGUAGCGCGUCUCUUGCAGAGGAAGGGGUCAGCAGCAACCCCUGGAGCGGCCCCGUCACCGUGCCCACAGGGAGGGGGCCCCAGGGCAGGGGCCGAGCAGUGGAGGACCCCAGUAGAAACAGGAGAGCUCAUCCCAAUUGGGCAAUUCUGGGUAAUUAA